GUCACCAAUGCGCGACUGAAGCAAAUUUCAAUGUCUUGAAGUGUUAGCAGUCUGCACACCAAAUGAUCCAACAUAACUGCAAGCUUGCCUUUCACCUGUACUCGACCUAUCAGCAGUAGUAGCCCUCGCCCUAUACACAGCCCCCUACUACCUCGCUUUUUGGCGCUCUGACACGAAGGACUCAUCGCGCCUCAAGCGCGAGCAAUCACCAUAUAUGACUCCAUCGCACUGCACAUGGGAGCAUCCAUGCCACACAUUGACCACCUUUACUAACUCUCAUCCAUAGCGCGGCUUCCCUAAACGCACGUUCACCGUGCUCAAGACACAACCAGUUGCUGCAGCCAGGAAUGCAGCCGGGAUGCAGCGCUCGCUACCUCCCGCCAUGUUGCCCCAGCACCUCAGCCCCAGCGGUCUCCCUCCUCCAACCGGCACCUCCCGCCGCCCGCUGCCCCCGCAGCCGACAUGUCGGUGGCUGCUACAGGUCCUCAAACCCCGCCAGCACAACCUCAGCCCGCCUCCGUCUCAUGUCUGUAGAAGCUUCCCGUCUUCAACUCCAUCACCUGCGGCCUAACGUCAGGCUGUUAUCAACGACAACACACCAAGCAGCACCAGCAAGGGCAGCAACAGCACCAGCAGCGGUGUUCACGGUAGCAGAAGAAGCACCGGAUACGCUCCCGCAUCAUCCCAUCAGGAGCCCAGCACCCCUAGCAGCAGCGGCACGGCGGCCGUACCGGUCCCGGCGGCGCCUGCACCAUGCAGGGCAGCAGCAAGCCACACCCGCAUUGUCAUGCCGGGGGAAUGCAGGGGACUGCGAUGUCGGCCGGCAGCUAACGGCAGCGGCGGCAGCAGGGCCCGCACCUCCAUCCGCGUCCUCCUCAGCAGAUGCAGAAGGAUGCCGCAGGACGCGGCAGGACGCCUCGCCUGCCACAACUCCAGUACCAAAAACUACAACAACAACAAGUGCUGCUGCUGCUGCUGGUGGUGUUGCUACUGCUGCUGCUGCUCCCAAAGCGCAUGCAGCGGUGGAUGCGUCAACACCUCGCACCUGGACAGCGAUGCAGGACCCGGUCGUGGAGUCAGGUGGCGAGGUGUGGGGGAGCAGUCCUGCUGGCAGGCCCCCACACCUCGGACCAACACCACCACCACCACCACAGCAGCAGCAGCAACAACAACACGCGCAGCAGCAGCAGCAGCAGCAACAACAACACGCGCAGCAGCAGCAGCAACAACAACACGCGCAGCAGCAGCGGCAGCAACAUGCCUUGCGGCAGCGGCCACACGAUCCGCAUCUUGAACAGCACACGGAGCAGUCGUCAGCAGCGUUGCCUGGCACAAGCCUGGGUCGGCGGAGCCUCCUGGUCACGGCAGCAGCAGCAGCGGUGGCAGCUCCGGUGCUGCCUGUAUCGAGGUCAUCAGCUCUGCCUGCUGCCGCCGCCCCCACACAAGGCUUGUCAGCAGCAGGGCUCGAAUCGCCCCCCACCACCACCCCCGGCCGCACCUCCGCGCAGUGCCGCCAGGCGCACGCGCCCUUCCUGCUGCGGCCCGACUACGCCGGUCCCGGGCCGCUGCGGGUGGCUCGGCUGCCGCGUCGGGAGCACACCUGCGCCCGCUGCUUCCCCGCCUGCGUGAACGGGGCAUGCAGGCUGCGGGUGGAUGUGGUGUAUCCGCGGGGCGGCUCCGAGCUGGGUCUGGGUCCGCCCUACCCGCUGGCGGUGCUGUCGGCGGGGUUCCUGCUGGCGGGGGGGGAGUACACCUCGUACGCGGAGCGGCUGGCCAGCUGGGGCUACACCGUGCUGCUGUACGACCGCAACGAGACGCUGGCGGCCCCGCUGGAUGAUGCUGCGUGCGUGCGGCUGCUGGUGGGGCUGCUGGACUGGGCGGAGGGCGACCCGCUGAUGAGGCGGCUGGCCGACCCGCGGGUCAGGGGGG